AUGUCGGGGGCGAAAUAUCAUCGGCUUCUUCUUCCUCUUCUCUUGGUCUUGAUAGGUGGUGUUGUCGGUCAAAUUGGAGUUGAGAAAAAGGAAUACUACAUUGCUUUCCUGCAAAAUGGUCCCGUGUCCGCAGACUCUAGAGUUCAAAGAAACAUUAAUCUAAAUGUCCUCUCGUCUGUCAAAGGAAGCAUUGUUGAUGCCAGGAAGUCCAUGGUCUACAGUUACACGAGCUUCAAUGCAUUUGCUGCACAUCUAACAAAAGAUGAAGCGCAAAAGCUAUUGGAUAGGAACGAGGUGCUACAUGUGAUGCCGAAUAGGUAUCACCAGCUACAAACUACCAAGUCAUGGGACUUCGUUGGGUUACCUUUAAAUGCAAGAAGGAACUUGAAAAUAGAGAGCGAUAUAAUUGUGGGCCUAUUGGAUACAGGGAUUUCUCCACAUGCUGAGAGCUUUAAGGAUGACGGCCUUGGUCCUCCACCCGCAAGAUGGAAAGGAAAUUGUCGCCGCUACGCUAAUUUCUCAGGAUGCAACAACAAGCUGAUAGGUGCAAAGUACUUCAAGCUCGAUCGCCUAGAGAAUCCGGGGGACAUAAUUUCUCCGGUCGAUGUGCAAGGGCACGGGACCCACACAUCGUCAACAGCGGUCGGCAGCCUAGUUCAAAAUGCAAGCCUCUAUGGGCUCGCCGAAGGCACUGCACGUGGUGCAGUGCCCUCAGCUAGGGUGGCCAUGUACAAGGUCUGCUGGGACACCUUUGGGUGCUCGGAUAUGGACUUGCUUGCUGGUUUUGAAGCUGCUAUAAAUGAUGGUGUGGACAUUAUAUCGAUUUCUAUUGGUGGAAUAUUUGUGGGUUACGACGUUGACUCAAUAGCAAUCGGUUCAUUUCAUGCCAUGAAGAAGGGAAUCCUCACUGUGGCCUCAGCUGGAAAUAGUGGACCAAGUUUAGGUACUGUGUCGAAUCAUGCACCUUGGAUUCUAACCGUGGCAGCUAGUGGCAUUGAUAGGGCGUUUAGGAGCGAUGUUCGUUUGGGAAAUGGAAAGAGCGUCAUAGGGAUUGGCGUGAACACAUUCAGUCCAAAGAAGGCAUUAUACCCUCUUGUUAGAGGGGAAGAUGUGGCCCUUGACCCUUCAACCAAGGAAGAUGCUAGGUUUUGCUUGUCAGGCUCAUUAAACCCUGCUAAGGCGAAGGGAAGGAUCAUUUCCUGCAAAUUAGGAGAAUGGGGUACUGAUUCUUAUCUAACCGGAAUUGGCAGUGCUGGAGUUAUACUUCAAAGUAAUGAUACCUGGGAUUCCAACCCAAUUUUCAUGUCCCCUGCAACCAUUGUGAAUGGCACCAUUGGCCAAAUCAUAGAUAAUUACAUAAAUUUGACAAGAUCAUCAUCAUCAGGAGUGAUAGGCAAGACCCACGAAAUAAAAUUGGAGCCUUCUCCUUUUAUUGCUGAUUUUUCAUCUCGAGGCCCAAAUUCCGGAACAAAGCGUGUUCUCAAACCCGAUAUUGCAGCACCCGGUGUUAAUAUUCUGGCAGCUUUCACCCCUUUGAAGUCGCUCACCGGCUUGAAAGGUGACACCCAAUUUUCCAAGUUUUCCCUCUUGUCUGGGACUUCAAUGGCAUGCCCUCACGUCGCCGGAGCAGCAGGCUAUGUCAAGUCAUUCCAUCCAAAUUGGAGUCCAGCUGCUAUCAAAUCUGCCCUCAUUACCACAGCGACUCCUAUGAGCCAGAGAGUGACCAAACAUGGAGAAUUUGCAUAUGGUGCCGGUCAAGUGAAUCCAAUUCGAGCUACCAACCCCGGCUUAGUUUAUGACAUGGGUGAACUCCUUUACAUCCGGUUCUUAUGCCACGAGGGCUAUAAUUCAUCCUCUUUGGCAGUUCUAUUCGGUUCAAAAUCCGUAAACUGUACAAAAUUCCGUCGUGGAAUUGGCUACGAUGAUCUCAACUAUCCAACCAUACAUCUUAGCUUGCAAGCCAAGCAACAGACAACAACAGGUGUUUUCCAGAGAGUAGUCACCAAUGUCGGCGCUGCUCAAUCCGUCUACAACGCCACCAUUAGAGCUCCCAAAGGAGUUGAAAUCACUGUGAACCCCUCGAGUCUCUCCUUCACUGCCGUCAAUCAGACGCUACGCUACAGGGUUGUCGUGAGAGCCAAGGCAAUGCCAAGCUUGCAAAUGGUUUCUGGUUCACUUGUAUGGAAAAGUUCCCGCAACAUUGUAAGGAGCCCAGUUGUCAUUUAUAGUCCAUGA